GCCUCGGCCAUAGCGGGCAAGUUUAGUGAGAUCGUGAAGAUGGAUGUGGUUAUGUUUGUGUUUAUAGCUGUAGUCGUGUUGGGCGCGGUGCGGGCCCAGCUCGGCGGAAAUAUGCUCAAUGGCGGGUGGGGUGGUAACGGAUUAGGCAGAAUCGGAAACACCGCUGGAUCAUUUGGAUUAGGCAGAAUCGGAAACACCGCUGGAUCAUUCGGAUUAGGCGGAAUCGGAAACACCGCUGGAGCAUUCUGGGGUGGCAACACCCGAGGACUCGGCGUGAGAAACCAGAAUACCCCUCAAUACAUCACGUGUAUUGGCAAGAACACCGCUGGAGAUCAGAUGAGAGUCACAAUCCAAGACGGGCAGCAAAAUCAGCGACAAAACUUCUUCAACCCCUGGAACCAGAACCAGAACCAGCAAAUCAAGUUAGAGGCCCGCAUCAUGAUCAGUCCCAACUCGCAGACGAGCGGCCAGUUCCAGAUGGUGAUCACAGAAAACAGCCGAGUAGAGGACGGCUGCCUCGGCCAGUACCUCGGCAGAAUCAUCGAUAACCGACCGUGGUGGAUCAGUACACCCAAUCAGGAAACUGGUGUCAUUGGCCGCCCAUUUUUCCUAUCACCUGGUCACGUGGCCAGCACCUCAGAAAUCGUUGAAGGAUUCAACAGCAUCUUUGACGCCAAUGGUCGCGGUAUUGCUCUGUGUCCAGCCACGAGCAUCAGGAACGGGAUGUGUGUGGACGACCCCGGCGCCAUGAUACCCAUGUGCUGUAAAGCCGGUCUCGACCGGAUCCCGGCCACGACCCCAAUCCCGCAACAACAGCAGACGCAGUUCGGACAGUCCACGGGCUUCAGCAACAUCAACACCAUGGGCACAAUGAUGCCGACGGCCGGGACUGGUCUCCCGACAAACCCAGCGACACUCACCGGACAGACCGGGGGCGGGGACCUGAGCAGUCUAUUUGGCACCGGAAGACGAUAAAUAUCAGCUUCUUAACUUCCGGUAGACUUCAUUCAGAUGUAUUUUGUAUAAAACAUUGAAUCCCGCCAAGUAGAAAAUUUGGGUCUAUUGCUGCUUUGUUCAAACUACAAGGUAGUCAGAUUUUGUACCGUACUUCUCAGCUGGACAGACAAAAAAAAUGAGCUAAGGGCAAACAUUAUCACUAUUGUUAUACUAAUUAAAUUAAAAUACCAUC